AUGACAGAAAGGAAGCUCCUUCCUGUGGAAGCCCACCCCGUGGGCUGGGCUUCCAUGAAAGGACACUGGUGGCAGUUUAUAUUCAUCGGAGUUUUGCUAUUAACCGUCACUAUCGGAACCGUAUCUAUUAUAUGGUCCGGAGCGCGAAGAUUUAUCAAAUAUUACAAGUCGAGACCGCCACCAGACACUGUUUCCGCGAGUGUCUCUAAGCGCCUCGCUCAGCUAGCCAACCGUGAAUUCAACCUUAUUGAGACCCGUGCACGCAAAGGAAAGCCCUCGAGCUUCGGCGUAUACCUCGGUGGCUUCGAAAACCCGCCUACUGCCUCGCAAGAAAGACUGCUGGAAGAGUGGGAUCUUCUUAUUGUUGAUCCAUUCCAGCCCGGUGUUUCCAAGGCUAUCUCUAGACAUGAGCGUAGCCAAGUGUUGGGACGUGUCGAUUUCGCCCGAAUUGCUGCCCCAAAGUCCUCUGCCCUCACCGUCAUUGAGAAGGUUGAGGAAUUACUCGCAAUCGGUUUCAACGAAACAAAGUUCUCCGGUAUUCUUCUCGCCAACUGGGAAGAUGUUCUCUGUCCCUCCGUCCGCAGAAAGUUGCUUGAGACGAUUAGCGGCCUCGGUCUAGCAGUGUACCUUGAAUCGGCACCUCCACAUUUCUUGAAAGACAGAAAGGCUGUUCAAACCGACGCCGUUGCUGGUCUGGUCAUUCGGAAUGCUAGCGUCAUGCCUGAGGGCGAGAAGCGCGACUACUUCGCCAUGGCCGAGCUCCAAUCGACUAUCAAAGCAUUCGUCUCUGAGUCUUGCAUGAGAGACUUUGUUGUGAUGGCCUGGGAGACUAUUGACGAUGGUGUGACUGUGACCAACGCAAUUGUUCGCAGAUCUCUCCAGUGGACCAGCUUCUACAGCGCAAUUACUUGGAUCGGUUCCGAGGCUGCCUUGCAAGAUGCGGACUUGAAUAUCACAACUCUCGAGCCUCUUCCCUCCUUCGGAUGGUUGAAAGAAGCUGAGAUUAUGAAGGCUCAUGAUACCUGGCGUUCCAACUUGAACAUCCUGCCUUCUCCGGAUAUGAAAGAUGGUUGGGAAGCUCUCCAGCCUCUCUUCCCUGCUGUUAACGAACUGCUUGACUCCGAAGAAUACAACUCCAAGGCCCCUGAUAGCCCGACAUCUCGACUGCGUGAUCCGCCUGAAUGGGUUGCUCAGGUCAAAUCGCAGGGUAGCCCUCUCUCGAUCUCCAUGUCUGGAAUGGCGUACAACUCUCUCGGGUGUUUCCCUCUCGGCUCCGACUCAUCGCCGAUGGUUUUCGCCGAGAUUGUUCAAUCUCAGCAACGUCUCAAGUCACUCAACCUACUUCAUCCCGUUCCAACCACCAAGAUCCAGAGCAUCGGUCUUCUCCUUCGCCAAUUCCAUGACAGCUUGGACCUUUCCGAUGAUGAAGAUCAGCUUGCCAGUUCCAUCAAGGAGCUUGCUAACUGGGCCUCUAAUGAUCUCUUGCACGUGAACCUGGCUCUCGAUUCUGGUCUGCGUAAGAGCUCCGAUUUCCGCUUCUGGGCUGUCUUUGAGAUGGAUGCUGAGGGUAUUGAAAUUUACGUAUCCAAGAACGCCCAGGGUCUCGCUGGAACCAUCCUCCAUACUUAUCUGUCGGCCAAGGGGUUUCCCCGACAUGUUUGCUUCGAGGCUGAGGCCACCUUCGCCACCUGGUCUAAGGAUGUUUCCGCCGAAACUGGUCUCCCCCGCCGUCUGAUUCAGGAUAUCGAUGUUCUCACCCCCGAAGAGCGCCUUCUCAUGUUGCAGCAUCUGUCGUUGACCGAUGUUCACAGCGAGCUCGUCGAGGUUAUCUGUGCCUAUAUUCACAAGCAACUCAUGGACUCUCCUUCGUUUGCCCUACUGAAAGCUCACAACACCGUUGGAUAUCUCGAUAAGUCUACUUCCCCCGAAGAACUGAUUGGAUCUCGUAUCGAAUGGUACCGGGACCAAGGGUGCAAGCAUCCUUCAGCCAAGGCCUGUCUCUCUCUUUUCAACCAAGUCGACACUGUACUUGGUCAGAUCCUCAGAGUACGCCGUGAAGAUGAUCUUGCUGCUAUUACCAAUGGACUAUGUGCACUUCUGAAGGGUGGCUCUGUUGACGCAUAUGUCGACAUGAUGGCCCUUGCUCUCUUCUGCGCUGCGAGAAAGGGUGCCUUUGACGAGAUUUACCAGGAAGUGACUGAUCGGAACCCUCUGUUCAACAGUCACUCCGACCAAGCUGCCGCAUUUGCCGAGUCAUUCGCUCUUGGCUCCCGAUGCGAGGCCUACUUCGAUGUUGCUCCAAGUGUUUUCGGCAGGCUGUUGUCUAAUCGUUUCAGAGGCUACUAUAACCAACACCAGCCUCCGAACUGGGCGAACGGUGCUCCUCAGCUUGCUACAUCCUAUGCUGGAGCCCAGAUCGAUGUCAACCCGGACGAACAGCCCAAGGUUAUGCGUGGCUAUCAGCGAUUCACCUUCCUGAGUGUGUUCGCUAUCCCGGCCCUAAUUGAUAUUAUCCUGCUCACUAUGAUCGGUCGCGGUCUGUACCUCUCUGCUGACAUGACCUACGAAGAACAAGACAGUGCGACCAUGGCCCUGAUGAUUUCUUUGCUGCUUUCCGGUGCGAUUGGUACCUGGAUUGCGUGCGGUGGUCCUUACUAUCUCAUCUCAAUGGCGUUUGCGGCUGCUAACAUGUUCGUUCUUAUCCGCUUGAUUGCUGGUAUUGCCUUCACCAUCGCCGGUGGUUUGGUUGGUUUCGUUGCCAUCUCAGCCGUCAGAAGCCCUCGUGCUGGUAUAAUCUUCUACCUAUAUCUGAUCGCUCUAACAAUCUACUUCUCGACCUUCGCCUCGCUCGCCAGUUUCAGUUAUCCCGGAUCGAGUUUUUUGUCCGGUCGCAAGCCCAUUAUUUACUGUAUCCCGAUUCUGUUCCUGUCACCAAUUAUCACCACCUGGGCCGGCAACGACUCAGCAAUCUAUCUUGCCAUCAUCUAUGUCUUCAUUGGUGUGCUCUUACUAUGCCUGCGCUCAGUGACAUCCAAAUGGGUCACCUGGUACCAAGAUAUUCGCCGAACCGAUGAUACCGAAAUUCGCAAGUGGUACAUCAGUGUGUACGGCCACGAUGAUGAGAAGGUCUUCGCAAAUAUGAGUGAUCCAGCUGCACUCAAGCUGGCAAGAGAGGCACUGUCCAAGGACGUCUUGGCCGAACAGAAGCGUGGCAUAUUCUCCAAGGCAACCAAGGAUAAGCUGGUUUUCGAACUUGCUCGGGAUUGGGAAUCGACCAACUUCCUCCUUGAUUGGUACUGUCGUUAUGCUGAUGUCCCUCGCCCAAUUGCGUUCAGUUCUGGCUGGAACAUCCAAACCAAGGUCGCAUUGGACGUUCUUCGCAACUCCCAGAAGGGUCUCCGCCUGCACAAUGCCUUCGUUCACUGGCGCCAGUCCAGCAAGGAGAUCGGAUGUGGUAUCCUGUACUUCGUGAUUGCCCUUCUCGACAAGUGGAUUCAAAUGCUCAGUGGUGAUCGCAUGCUUGGCUAUGCUCCCGCUGAGAACGACGCGAACCGCAUGGCUGUUGGUUUUGCUCUUGCUUACUACCUGAUCGGAGCUGUUCUCAUUGAUACCAAGGCUCAAGAACUCCAUGAUGCCCUUGGCAGCAAGGCCCCCACCUCUGUCAAGUCUGCUAAGGAUAUUCGGAUCGCCCAGAAGAAGGAAGUCGAGCUCCGCCGCAAAGUAUACUGGCGGGUUCUGCUCCGCUUCCUCCUUUGGCACGUAUGGAGUCUGGCUCUGGCAACUGCUCUCAUUUGGACUUUCCAGGAAACCCGGGAAGGUAUGAUCAUCUUCUUCUCCUACGUUCUGGCCUACACUGGUUUGAUCUGGUAUCAAUACACCAAGAUCUUCACCGGCCCUCAUGCGCUCAAGCCUCUCAUUACUGGCAUCUGCGUCGGAUUGCCAGUUGGUAUCGCUCUCAAGGUCUGCCUGCCCUCUUCGUUCAAGUACUCUCAGAUCAUCGGUCUGGGAUCCGCCACCUGGACUGUCGCUUUCCUCGCUAUCUGGAAUGCCAAGAUGGGCAUGCCUAACAAGGUUGACUCACCAGUCGAGCUUGGCCGGACCUUCCACGCCUUCACCACCCCUUGGUCCGACCCUGAAUGGUCCCAGCAGGAACUCCAGACUUUCUUCGAGAACUAUACUCUGCUUCCAUCCGACUCUCGAUUCCAGCUCAACCCUGCUGUUCACCCUGGUGUUGAAAUCAGAAGUGCUAUGACUUCUCGCAGAGAAGAGCUCCGCAUUGAAGAAGCCUUCCCCGGCUCCAAGGAUAUUGUCAACACUGCUAUCUCCGCAUGGGAAAAGGGCGACGUUGUCAUUGAGCUUGUUCCAAUCGGUUCUCUCGGUCCCGGUAUUCGUGCUUUGAGUUGCAGCACUGGUAACCAGCUGAAGCUGGCCAUCAGCGUUGGAGGUCUCCUGGACGAGCGUCUCGAUAUUAGUGCUAACUGCCAGGUCAUUGCCGAGACUCUACUCCACGCUGUCACUGAACUCAUGAUGGGUGUUCCCCACGAAUACGCAUCACUGGCAGGAUCAAUUAUCUCUGGUGGAGUCACACACACCAUGGCCCGACAGCUUCGCGAGGAGGCCAAUACCUCCACUGUCGUUCGCUGGGCCAAGAAAGAGCUUCUCCGACAGCUCUGUCUUGGUUUCGAGGCUGAUAUUCACUGGGACAAGCUGCCUAACGAAGUUCGUGAUGUACUGCUCAAGCGUUGCUUGGGACAGCAGUGCAGUCUCUCUAACAGCCAGCGACAAUGGCUUCAGGAGAGCCUUUGCACCUUUGACACCAAGGACCUUGACAUCCACGUUGCCCGUUGCAACCUUGGAGCAGCCACCGCGAUUAGUGUUCUCGACUACGCUCACUGGGGAACUGGAGAAGCUGCUCUCCCCAAGGAUUCUGAGACUUCGGAGUACAUCUCUUAUGUACCUCGUAAGCUCCCACUUGUGCUGUCACUUUUCAGAGAACCCCUGAGCUACAUAUAUCACAAGAUGGGUACAAUGGUCAAGUUCUUUGUCGUCGCUUUGGUUGCAGAUCCUGAGUUCCAGAGAGAGUUCAACCACGUCGUUCAGCCCCUUCCUACCGUUGUCCGUGUCCCUACUGUCUUCUUUUUGAACAUGUUCUGGGUUUACUCUAAGGCUGUUCAAGACUUUGGCUUGUCAUUCUUCCUAUUUCACGGUCGCCAGAACGUCAAGCGUCUGUGGGAAGAGACCAAGGGCAUGACUAUCCACAUCAAGAAGAGCAGAGUUAUUGUUCAAAGUCUGGAUGGCACAUUCACGGCAUUCCGGCAUCACGAGAUUGACGGUGGGUUCAAGAUCUACCAUUAUGCAGGCGACCACAAGACCGAGCCUAAGGAGGUCAAAGCACUGAAGUAUGUCAGCACCUACUCUGGUGAGAUGUUGCUUCUUGUCAAGCAAGAGUUCAAAGAUGGCAAAGUCACCAACGAAUAUCACUACGACUACCAAUCCCCGACCAAGAAGGGCUUCAAGCUUGGCAACAAGUCUUCGGCUCGCAUUCCAUUGGGACGUCGCUGUGUGGCUGGUGCCAACCACCUGCAAAGUGUUCAAUACAACCGCAAGGGUCUCAUCGAAUCUGGUUCCUACAUGAAGGACGGUAACUUGAUCCGCUUCAAGUACCACUACCGCAAGAACCCCCGUUUCGGUGAUGAGCUGCUCCGCGCUGAAUUCCUGUACAGUGUCUUGGUGUGCGCCCCCCGUCGUCACCCCGAGAAGGUGGAACGCUGGAUUCCUCACUCCAAGGUGACAGAAGCCAGCUUCGUCCAGGGUGCCGAUGUCUACGAGAGUCGCUGGUUGUACGAUCACAAGUUCCAUCCCACGAUCUUCACCACUAUCAACGGGCAGAAGGUUCAGACCCCUCCCAUGAUCGAGCACGAUUACCUGGGUGUCCUGGCCAAGCCGAAGUAUACCAGCUUCGUGCAUGACAACCCCUUCUUUUACUGUGACAGUCUCCAGUCAAAUUUACUCACUCGCACACUCGGAUUGACCAAGAAGCGCUUUGUUGUUUCCACUUCCCGUGCUCGUUCUCUCAUGUGGAAGGCCUGGAAGGACCGUGUUGACUUCGAUGCCAUUAUUGUCCGCUGGAUGGACGACCGUAUUCUUCGCAGAGACCGAGUCCUUGCUCCGUACUGGCGCAGUCGUGACUGGGGUAACCUUGGAUCUGCAAAGAAGUAUAUGGACCUCCGUGCCGAUGCUAUCAUGGCUAGUGCCGAUCUGGACGACAACAUCUCUAGCUGGACUCCCCUCGCUGUGAAGAUCACCGAUCUGCUCAACUUCGGCCCCGGUGGUGACGCUGUUGUCAACACUCGCUCUAAGAACUUCGGAACUGAUACUGACAAGACACUGCACGUCAUGGCCGCUGACAAUGGUACCUGGCCCAAUGAAGGUGGUGGUGUCUCUGCCUGUCGACGAGACAUGAUCAACUCCCUGCGGACCAUUAAGUGGCACAUGAUUUGUGAGUCUGCAAACGACUUUGGUGUUCCUAAGCACCAGACCGAGCAGAACAUCCAGUCUCUCAAGUUAAUCCCGCUCUGGGGUAUGGAUUUCCUGACGCCAACUCACGGUUUGUUCCACAACAAGCUGGAUGCCGAGGUCGACAAUGUGACUUCCGCCAGCGAGUUUGAUAUCAAGAUGAACUUCAUUCCUAUCUUGACAGCCUUGGUUAAGGGUGCGCGUGCAAUCAAUCUCACAAAGGCCGAUAUCCACCAAGCGACUCGUGCUCUGGUGAACCUCAACACAUACUUCCAGGAAUCUCGUCAUUGGACCCAAGUGUGGAACAGUGAAACUGUCAAGCAGAGUUGGCGUGAGCUGUGGCUCACUCAGGAGAUGUCCAAUGCGAUGCCAUCAUCGGAGUGGUUCGACACCGAACUUCCCACCCUGGCCGCCCUUGAUGUUGCCCUGGAGCUCUGGUACCGCUACCUGUUCAUUUUCUCGAUACCCGUCCCGGAGAAGAUUCCCUCGACCUUCCAAGCCUCCCACCACAGCGUCAGUGCCUCGUACGGUGUUGUCUGCAAGAUCAAGCGCAAGUGUACUCUGCAAAUUUGGGAUCACGCUAUCAGUUGGCGUGAAACCAACCUGUGCCUAUCAUCUGCACUUUGCAAGCUUUCGCCAUUCGUUCGUAACUCGCUGCUUGGAUUGAUGCGCAUUACCUCUGUCUUGACUUUGCACCAUGCCGAUAUCAUUCUUCCUUGUGCCGACUUCUUCAAUCCCGGUUGGGAAGUCGAGAUUGGUACUUGCCAGGGUACAAUUGAGCACCGCAACGUCUUCCGCCGCAAGAUUGAUCCCGUUGUCAAUGGUAUCACUGACAUGCAGAAAUUCGCCCCAGUCAAGGAGAUCAAGUCUGAGCGCCCGACUGUCACCAUGUUGUCUCACGUCUGGUAUGCCAAGGAUAUCAAGAUCGCCCUUCUCGCUGCCGAUAUCAUCAUCAACCAGUGGAAGUUCGACGAUUACCACCUGGACAUCUAUGGUGCCAUUGACAAAGCCCCUACAUACUCCACUGAAUGUCAAGAGAUCAUCGCAUCAAAGGGUCUCCGUGGUAAGGUCACACUGUGCGGGACUGCCGACCCCAUGAAGGUCCUAGAGAACACUUGGCUCUUCCUCAACUCGUCUCUGUCCGAGGGUCUUCCUCUCGCCCUAGGUGAAGCCGCUCUCACUGGUGCUCCCGUCGUCUGCACAGACGUCGGUGCCUCCCUCCGAGUUCUCAGUGACCCAGACGACUUCUCCCGAUUCAGUGCCGUGGUCGCACCCAACGACGCCCUCAACCUGGCCAAGGCACAGAUCGGCAUGCUUGCCAUGCUUGGCGAAUGGAGCAAAUACAGUGACGACACCGAGCCCGCCCCAAUCCUGACCAACUCCCCCACCGCAGAGGAUGUGGCAGCCAUCACCCGCCGUAUGUACACAAAAAGCGAGCACCGCCGCAAGCUCGGCAUGAUGACCCGCAAGAUCGUCCAGAAGUCCUUCAGUGGUGACCGAUACCUUCGUGAGCACGAGCAGAUGCUCUGGAUCGGAAAGUCCGCCAAGAUGAUGGCCAGUCGCGCUGCGGGUGACCCCAUCGAGCCCGCCGACGUGGCAACCGCCAUCGAGAACGGCGUCGAUGAGGAGAUCAUCACUAUUCCCCGUGGCGCUGUGCACUCAUGGCGCUCAUCUGCUGUUUCUGGUGUCUCCACACUAUACAGCACUGUCUCUCACGUCCCUGGUCGUGGUGGCUACCACCGUCCUAUGUCUGAUAUCUCGGCCAUGAGCAUGAGCAACAUUUCCACCGAUACCGAGUCCUUCGCUCGCCUGCCUGUCUUCGCUCCUAGACAAUCUAUGAUGUCUACUAGUAGCAACCCCGGCAACAGAUCUCCCAUGUGGACUUCCAAUCACCGCCUUUCUGUCCUGGGCAGCCGCACCCACUCUCCCCGUCCUCAAUCUCACAAUCGCUCUAUCUCUACCGCGGGUCGCGAACAGAUUCGCGGCCUUCACCGCGAGGACCUCGCUCCAUACCGUAACUCGGAUGUCAGCGUCGUCAUGAGAGAUGAGUUCAUCCGCGCUGGCGGCCUGAACCCUCCUCCUAGUGGUUAA